GAUUAAUACUUCUAGUCCUCUAUUCUAAUCAUAAUGUCUGAAGAAAAGUUGACUAAUAACACCGUUGAGGUGCACAAUAGUGGCACGUCCUCUGAUAAACAUCAACCAGAGGAAGAAUCCCAUUAUACCGGUCCUCUUAGAUGGUACGACAAAAAAAUCGUGUCGUUUUUGCCAGCCUAUUCUGAAUCCAUGGUUCAAAUCGUGAUGUUGGCUUUCACUUGUUUCAUGUUACCAGGUAUGUACAAUGCCUUAUCAGGAGUUGGAGGUGCUGGUAUCUCAUUGUCAGUUUCAAAUAACUCUUCUGUGUCCUUGUACUCCACCUUCUGUGGAUAUGGUUUUUUCGCCGGGUGGGUGUGUAACAUCAUUGGUACCAAGUUCAGUUUGAUGUUUGGAGGAGUUGGGUACGUUAUUUAUUCGGGUUCCUUGUUGUACUACACGAAACACCUGUUCACCAACGCUGAUGGUGUGGUUGAGGAUUAUGGUGGAGCUGCUGCCUUUGUGGUUGCUGCUGGGGCCAUUCUUGGUGUGUGUGCUGGUCAGCUUUGGGCUGCCCAAACCUCCAUCAUCAUCUCCUAUCCUGCUGAGCACCUUAAGGGUAAAGCCAUCAUGACUUUCUGGGUCAUUUUCAACUUGGGUGCUGUGAUUGGAAGUGCUAUUUCUCUCGGUAACAACAUGAAAAAUAACAGCAGUGUGGCCACCGAUGGUACGUACGCCGCCUUCAUCGCCUUGAUGUGCUCGGGUAUUAUUAUUGCCGGAUGUACUUUACGUCCUCAUCAGGUUUGGAGAGGUGGAGUUGGUUCUGAAAGAGUCGUCCAACAACAGUUCCCUCACUGGAAGGUUGAGUUGAUAAACAUGGCCAAAAUGUUGUACAAAGAACCAAAGAUCUAUUUCUUGUUCCCCAUGUUUUUCGCUUCCAACUGGUUCUACACUUACCAAUUUAACGAUGUCAAUGCUGCUAGAUUUACUAUUAGAACCAGAUCUUUGAACUCUUUGUUGUACUGGGCCGCUCAAAUGGUUGGUGCCGCUAUUUUCGGAAACAUCUUAGAUUGGAAAAGAUUCGACAGAAAAACAAGAGUCAAGAUCGGCUGGUCCAUCAUCAUGGUUUUGACAUUUGUUAUCUGGGGUGGUGGUUAUGAUUUCCAAAAGAAGUACACCAGAGAAUCGGUGGCUGGCAUGGCUUUAAUUGACUUUAAAAAGGGUAGUACUUAUGUGGGACCUAUGUUCUUGUACAUUUUCUACGGAAUGUAUGAUGCCAUGUUUCAAACCUUCAUUUACUACACUUUGGGAGCCAUGUCUAACAACCCUAAGAAGAAUGCUAUUUACGGAGCUUUCUUUAAGUCUAUUCAAUCAGCCGGUGCUGCUAUUAUGUGGCGUUUGGAUUAUUAUGAAGUUCCUUACAUGAGCAUGUUUGCUAGUAGUUGGGGAUUAUGUGCUGGGGCCUUGGUACUUGCUUCCCCAUUAAUUUUCUUCAAGAUCUCCAAUCACACCGAAGACGCUGAAGAUGAUUUACAAGGUGAAUUGCUCAACAGAGGAUUGGAAAUUUCCAAGUCUAUUAGUCAACCCGAACCAAAAAACCCUGAGGUUUAAACUCUGGGUUCUUGAGCCCUACCUGCGUCUUUUAAUUUGUAUUUAAUUCUUCAAUUUAAGCUACUUUUCUUAAAAAAUCUUUAGUGAAAUUUGAUAGCCCCCGCGUUUAUGGCUGCAAUUCUUGGACGCACAAAACCUUAUUC